UUUUCCCAUGCUGGCAGACCAAGCCCCCACAAACGUAGCUUAUAAGGUCCUGUGCAUGGGUGAAUUCCUUACAACUCCCACCCGCCUCCUUCCUCCUCCUCCUCCCUGUUUCAGUCCCGCUCAGCUCCGAAGACGCGCAGUGGACUCGACCUCAUCCCGAGCAGUGGAGCCGGUUUAAAAACGGGACUUCAGACUGUUCAACUGCGGAUGCUGCGGCUCAGGAAAUGCCUUGUGGACUCUUGAUAGGCAUUUAGCGUUUCUUUUUUGCUCCUCUGAGGAAUCGGUUUAUCUGAAGACGAGCGGGAGAAGUCGGUGGAAUAACUGAAAGCUGCAGGACGUGAACUGGUGCGUCAGGAUGCUCUGGUUGAGACAACAUUUCACUCUGACAGCAGCGGCAGUUGUUGUGCUGCUGGCCUGUGUGUUGUCCUUCAACGUGGACCAGAAGAAUGGUUUGUCUUUCAGCGGCCCACUGGAGGACAUGUUUGGCUACACCAUCCAGCAGUUUGAGAACAGUGAGGGGAAAUGGGUUCUGAUUGGAUCACCGCUGUCGGGUCAGCCAGCCAAACGAACCGGAGACGUCUACAAAUGUCCAGUAGGAAGGGGGGACAACACAUGUGUCAAACUGGAGCUGCCCAAAAACACAACCGUUCCCAACUUGCGUGAAGUCAAGGAGAACAUGACCAUGGGAAGCACACUGGUGACCAAUCCCAACGGAGGGUUUCUGGCGUGUGGUCCUCAGUACGGCUACAUGUGCGGCCAGCAGCAGUUCAUCUCAGGAGUUUGUGCAAAUGUCAGCUCCUCCUUCCAGAUCCUCAACUCUGUGGCACCGGCUGUGCAAGAGUGUGCGAAGGAGCUGGACAUUGUGAUGGUUCUGGACGGAUCCAACAGCAUCUACCCCUGGUCCAGCAUUACAGAUUUUCUGAUCCGCUUCCUUGAGAAGAUUGAGAUCGGACCUAAACUCUCACAAGUGGGCAUUGUGUCCUAUGGACAGACUGUUACUCACCGUGUCAACCUGAGCCAGUUUGACAACACCCCUGCGCUUCUGGAUUUCGUCAAAGACCUUCCUCAGCAGACCGGCUUCAAGACCAUGACUUUCCUGGGCAUUGAUACUGCCAGGAAGGAGGCCUUCAUGCCAGAACGCGGUGCACGACCUGGAGUGAAGAAGGUCAUGGUGAUUGUGACGGACGGAGAGUCCCAUGAUUUCCAUGAUGUAGACAAGGUCAUUGGAGCCUGUGAGGAAGAUAACAUUGAGAGGUUUGGCAUCGCUGUUUUGGGAGACUACAAUCGUCAGAACAAAAGUGCAGAAGAAGUGCAUAAGUUCAUCAAAGAGAUCGAGUCGAUCUCCAGUCAGCCGUUACGAGAUCACUUCUUCAACGUGUCCGAUGAAUUUGCUUUGUUGAACAUUGUAGAUGCUUUGGGAAGUAGGAUUUUUGCCUUGGAAGCUACAACUGGCAACUUCACCUCCUCCUUUGAGAUGGAGAUGUCUCAAACUGGGUUUAGUGCACACACUUCUAAAGACGGUGUGUUACUGGGAGCAGUGGGAGCGUAUGACUGGAACGGUACAGUAGUAAUGCAGACUGCUGGAGAAACUAUCGUUCCAGGGAAACACCAGUUCUACGACCCAGAGAUUGAGGCUGGGUACGAAGGGCUGGCCGGGUACCUCGGCUAUGAUGUUCAAUCAGCAUCCACCCCAGACGGAGUGCUGUACAUCACAGGUGCACCACGAUACAACCACACAGGCCGAGUCGUUAUCUACCGUCUGAGUGAAACCAACAACAUUGUCGUGUCACAGAUACUGAAAGGAGACCAGAUUGGUUCUUACUUCGGCAGCGUCCUGCAGACUCUUGAUGUGGAUGGGGAUUCUUACACGGACCUCCUGUUGGUCGGUGCGCCAAUGUACAUGGGCUCAGAGAGAAACGAGCAGGGACAAGUCUACGUCUACAAACUCAACAAGGCCGGCAAGUUCGAGCACCAGUUUACUUUGAAGCCAAUCCAUCAGUCAUGUUGUUCUGCCCACUCAGACAGCUGCACUAAUAAAAAUGAGCCGUGUGGUGCCCGGUUUGGUACGGCCAUCGCAGCAGUGUCAGACAUGAACCUUGAUGGGUUUAAUGACGUGGCGAUUGGAGCACCUUUUGAGAAUGAUCACAGAGGAGCCGUCUACAUCUAUCAUGGAGACAAGACGACACUGAAAGAGAAAUAUGUGCAGCGCAUUCCUGCAGGGGGUGAUGGUGAAAAGGUGAAGUUCUUCGGUCAGUCCAUUCACGGAGUCAUGGAUCUAAAUGGAGAUGGAAUCACUGAUAUUACCAUAGGAGGUCUAGGAGGAGCUUCUCUAUUCUGGUCCAGAGAUGUUGCAGAGCUGCACGCCAACAUGACUUUCAACCCUGCUAAAAUCAACCUGCAGCAGUCUCAGCACCUGUGUGAACACGGUGGACGCAAAUCUGUGUGUGUGACGACCAAAGUGUGUUUCUUCUACAGUGUCAAAUCUGACCAGCAGAACUUAAAGCCUUUUGCAGAAAUCCGCUAUACUCUGACUCUGGAUGCUCUGCGUGCAAAAGCCAGAGCUUCAUUUAUUAACACGGACGAUAAAAAUGACCGUCGGAUUACCAAGGCAUUCGUCAUCCCAGACAGAGAGGGAAGAUGCGUGAAUCAAACCUUCAUGAUGUCGACCCGGCUGGACUUCCGAGACCCUCUACUGGUGUCGUUGGAGUUUGGACUAGCUAAUGAGGACCAAGGCCCCGUCCUGGAUGAAAACCUUCCCAAAUCCAUCAACAAGACAAUUCCUUUAGUGGACUGUGGAGGUGAUGAAAAGUGCAUUGCGGAUCUCUCCCUCAAAGCAGAACCUAAUGUGAAAAGCAUGGUUAUCAAAGUAAACGGCAAAGCCGAGAUUGACGUGAACAUCAACAUCAGAAACAGCAAAGACAACGCGUACAACACCAAAGUUAUCCUGAGUUUCUCACCAAACAUCAACUAUGUUAAAGUCGAGCCAGAGAAAGACUGCACUGUGAACCACACCAAGGUGGAGUGUGCUGUCGGAUACCCCUUCCUGGGGAACAAUGUGGAGGAAAACUUUAAGGUGAAAUUUGAGGGGAAUCCUAAUCAUGUUCAGGAAGAAAUUCAGAUCAAUGUGACAGCGACAAGUGACAGUGAGGAGCUGAUUUCUACUCAGCAUGACAACAGCGUGCAGAUCUCCAUCCCUGUCAAGUAUGAAGCUGGACUCACAUUCAAAGUGGUGCAUGCGGAUGAACACAUUGUAGUAAAAGAGGGCGAACAGUAUGCAGCGGAAAUCAAUGACACCAGGAUGAUUGGAGAGGAGGUCAACAUCAGCUACACGGUGCAAAAGUCAGGUAGCAAUGUGUCUCUACCUCUGGACCUCACAGUGGCGUAUCCUCGUCUGUCUCCGCUGAAGAACAGGUUACUGUACCUGACACAUGUCGCCAAAAGCCCACAGGUGAAAUGUAACGCAGGACGUUGGAUCAACCCUGAUAAAAUUAACCCGAGCGUUGUAAAGCCCGAACCAAAGAAAGAAACGCUCAGUGCCUUCCUAUUGCGCUGUGAAAACAUAGAGUGUGUGUCAUUUAGCUGCUCCAUCCCCGAAGCUAAAAUCAGCCAAGUCAACGUCACGUUCAGAGUGUGGAAACCUACGUUCAUAAAGGGCGAGUUUUCCAGUUUGCACAUGACAGUGAACGCCACUUUGACGCUCAGAAACACAAAGGUGUUUGAACUGGGCAGCAACGGCAAAACCAGAAGUGUGAAGAUCCAGGUUUCGAAAGAGACCAUAGGAGGAAUCCCUUUCUGGAUCAUCAUCCUCAGCAUCCUCAUAGGACUGCUGAUUUUAGCACUUGUCAUCUUCAUUCUCUGGAGGUUGGGCUUCUUCAAAAGAAAAUCCAGGGAUUACUCAAAGGAGGAAAUGGCGAACUGAGAUGUCCAGACAUCCGACAUCAGGCGGACAGAUGGAGGAGACGCCACAAGACCCACAGACACCUCAGUGUUGUGACACACCGACUACCUGGAAAACACCGUCACUGUUUCCUACGUUGGCAUGAACCAGAUAGUGUUUGCAAAUACUUCCUCGCUCUUUCACCGUGCUGCUUCAAGCACUGAGUUACAACACUGAGAUGGUCUCACGUACAGAGACACAGACGCUCGCUGUAUCGGAAGUAUUUAUAAAUGCUAUUUGUUCCACGCCAGCUUCUUUAUCGCAGACAUACAGUAAACAUGAAGUCAGGUCAAGCAGUUUAAGAAGAGGAUCCAGAGGUGAGAAGGAAGACGCCAUCACCUACCAGGAAUCUGUUGGCAAAGUAACAGCAUAUAACUGUAUUACAUACAGCAGAAUUAGCAGCACUCCAGCUUUAGAACAAAAAAGUACUCAGGUUUUUCACUAUGAGGAUCCAAAGUUGCCUAAGCCACCUUACACAUAUAUAAAGCAUCACAGCAUGAAAGCCCGAAGCUCUAACAAGACGAUAUGUGAACUGUACAUAUGUUGGAGCUCGGAUAGCUUAAACUCCUUGUUUUUAAUGAAACACUGUAUCUUUUAGCAUUUUAUAGCAGUUUGUUUGAAUUUUAACAGUAUAACAUGGCACAUCAUCUACUUCCAAAUGUUGGCUAAAGACAGAAACAUUUUUUAAGCAAAGGUGCAGUGUGUGUGCUUUUGUUUUUUUAUACUUUUAAUUUUAGUUAACCAGCUGUGAGGUUAAAUGUCACCGUGGUUACUGAGGCAUACAGGAAGCUGCGCCUUCAAAAUCCAAAACUUUGAUUGUACUGUAAAUAUAAGUGCUCACAAAUGUAAAGCUUAAAAAUGUAUAUAAUUGUGUUUGCAUUUAAUUUAAUGUUUUUUUUUCUUUGUGAUCAGAGACAUGAUUUCGCUCAGGUGCUACAAGUAUCAUGAAUGACAACAUUAACGUUUGACACAGUAGAAAAUUAUCUGGCUUUUGUCACAAUUUCAGAGCUGAUGCAAAUAUGUAAAUAGCGAUAUAUUUUGAUGAAAAAGGAAAGUAUAAUUAUUCUGUACUGAAAUAUACACAAAGAUGAGGGUUUGUAUCCACUAUUUUGGUUUUAUUUGAUUGAAAAUUAUAUUUCCAACUCGUUGAAUGGCUGUGAUUUGAAAGUCGAGGCUGAUUGAGACGAGAUUCUACCAAUGUCAGCUUUUUCAUUUGCAAAUUAUUUCUUUAAUUUAGAAAUACACAAGUAUGUCUCCCCACUCAUCAGUUUAAUCCAUCUAAACAGAUUCACAGCCCAUAAGCGGUACACUGUACCUUAUUCAUUCAGGUUCUCUCCCUUGUUUUUGUUUCCAGAAGUUGCACAGCUACACAAAGUGUUAGAAGAGAUUAUAUUGUAUAUUGAGGAGAAUGUGUUCCUGAUUGUUUCUUGACUUUUCCCUCCUCGUUGUUGUGUAAUAAAGCUGAGGGAAAAUCCAAAGAAGACGAGGCAGCCUCGGAAUAUUUUAGUACUCCUCAGCUCUCACUUUCCACUGUUGACACGAAGCACAUGUAAUAAUUGUAUGUACAGAAUGUGUAACUGUUAGUCGUUUUGCGAUUGUACGGCCACAUCGGGCUUAUGCACGAGGGUGGAGCUGUCGGUCUCUCUUUGCUCACUUGAGGUGGUCUGGGGUCAUUUUCUCAGAUCAGAUUUGCUUUCGGAUAACUUCUGAGGAAGUGCAAGGCACAAAGUGAGAGUUGUGAGCACCGGCCCAGCCUUCGACACUGCUGUGAAGUCUUCAUUGUAAUGCACUGGUUUGUCAGACUGUAUGUGUCCUCAUCAGCACAGAAAUGAACUGAAUCUUAUGUACAAAAAUAAAGACUUUUUACAAAGAA